GCACUUUUGCUGCCCGGAUCCCUCGGUCUUCAACCGCAGUUUCAGACAGGGCCCUUCUUGCUGAGGGACGCCGCUGAGCAGAGGCCUAAUCGCUCCGGUUCUUCUUGUUUUGUAAGCAAGUGAGGCCGCCCUGCCGCAGGCAGGCUUGGCGGUAUGGAGUCGUCCCAGAUGAAGCUCUCCAGUGCUAUCCUCGGUCAUGGGGACUAUGAUUCUGAUUUCAGCGAUGAUGAAACUAGCAAGAAAUCUGACCGGGAGAGAAAAAGCAGUGAAGAUGCAUUACUUACAAAGCCCUUCCAGAAAGAAAAACAAAGCAAGGUGGCGCACAGACAGGUGGCAACAGAUGAAUGGGACAGGGAAGAAGCAAGAAAUCGAAGAUUUCAUUUAAUAGCAAUGGAUGCUUAUGCAAGGCAUAAGAAAUUGGUGAAUGACUACAUUUUAUUCUACGGUGGUAAGAAAGAAGAUUUCAAACGUUCAGGAGCAAAUGACAAGACUGACCUUGAUAUUGUAAGGGAAAAUCACAGAUUCCUGUGGAGAGAAGAGGACGAAGUGGAUAUGAAUUGGGAGAAGAGGCUUAGCAAGAAAUACUAUGAUAAAUUAUUCAAAGAAUACUGUAUAGCAGAUCUGACUAAAUACAAAGAAAACAAGUUUGGGUUUAGAUGGAGACAUGAGAAAGAGGUCAUAUCAGGAAAAGGACAGUUUUCCUGUGGCAGUAAACACUGUGAUGAAAAAGAAGGCCUGAAGAGUUGGGAGGUGAAUUUUGGUUACAUCGAGCAUGAAGAGAAGAAAAAUGCACUUGUUAAAUUGAGGCUCUGUCCAGAAUGCUCUUACAAAUUAAAUUUUCACCACAGGAGAAAAGAAGUCAAGCCAAAGAAGAGAGCAAGCGCUGAACAAACCUCUGGAUUGCUAAGAAGUAAAAAGUUGAGAUUAUCUGCAUCACAUAAACACAAAUCAAAGAAAAAAAAGAACCACAAAGAUCAGGGAUUGUUAGAAGAAUCAGAUGACUCCGAUGAAGGUUCAGGCAAUAGUGAUGUCCAAGAUGGUCCUUCAGAUGCUGAUUUUUGGAAGCGCCCUCCUCAGGAGACAGAAGAAAAAACACGGGAGGAAGAAUUUGAUGAGUACUUCCAAGACUUGUUUCUCUGAAAGAUUAUGUAGAAAUCUCAAAUUUUCUUCAAGCUUCAUCAGAAUCCACAGAUGAACAUCAAAUGAGUUGUGCCUCAUUUUUCUUUAAAUGUGCUUUUAAUAGUUCACAGAAAUUAUUCAGUAAAUCUUUGCUUGGACUUUUCGUAUAAAUGUGAAUUUUGCAUUAAUGUUCUCUAGUUUUUUUUAAAAUAAAAUUUACAUUCCAGAGCCAUGAUAACAUUAUGUUGAUAUUGCAAGCUUCAGCAUUCUGAAAGUAACAGGUGCAUAAAAGUUGUUGAAUAUUGAUUUUUUAAAAAAACACCAUGUGUACUGACAAAUGAUAAUUGAGUUUAGACCAGUUCUCUAAACUGCUGCAGGAGGGAGGCAGGGGGGAAAUUUCAGGGCUUAUAUAAGGCUGUGAGGCUUCCCUUUCCUGGUGCCUGGCCCCUCUGCUGACAUAGCAGGUGCCAUGUCACAGCUGCUGUUCAGUGUAAGAAGUAGGGCUGGGCUGAUGAGAACUCCUUGAACAGAAUCCUAUGGCCUCAGAUUUCCAGCACAGACGCAACUGUGUCUCCGGGAUGGAAUGACUCUGCUCCUAAAUACCUUUUCUUAAAAGUCAUAAUGGCCUAGAAAUGUACUCUGUACUGCAACCAUAUAGACUAGAUCUAUUUAUUCAAGUGACAUCAAUUUGGUGUAGUGGUUAAGAGCGACAAGUCUCUAAUCUGGAGAACGGGGUUUGAUUCCCCACUCCUUUGCUUGAAGCCACCUGGGAGACCUUGGGUCAGUCACAGCUUCUCAGAGAUCUCUCAGCCCCCCCCCCCUCACAGGGUAAUUGUGAGGAUAAUAAUAACACACUCUGUAAACCGCUCUGAGUGUGGCAUUAAGUUGUCCUGAAGAGUGGUAUAUAAAUUGAAUAUUGUUAUUAUAAAAUGUCCAUUGGAAUCUGUUGGAAUUAUUCUAAACAAUUGUAUUUAGGAUUGGUUGAUCAUUUCAUCAUUACUGUGUUUGCAAUUAAAUCCUUUGAAAUAAGGAAUUAUUUUUUGUCACAUUAUGCUUCAGAAUACAUAUUAACACCAAUAUUCAGACUUCACAUGCAUCUGUAUAGAUAAAUCUUCUUUAAAAUAUAGACACCAGUUGGGGGCCUGGGAAAAAAUCAUUGGGCUAGGGACUUAUGAAAUCCCUUCCCCAUAGUGAAAGACGUGUGUUCUGGGGAUGAGUGAAAGGCCCUUGAAUAAAGUCCUUGCUAGCUUCCUAUUCACCUAGUUCAGAACCCAAGUCUUAACACUGCAGUACUAGUACAGUUGUAGCAAUGGGGUGGAUCCAACCAAUUUUUUAGUGGUGAAGAAGGAAGGUCCCCACUGACUUCCAAAAAGGCUAUGUGGGAAGUGUGGAACCUGCUUAUACAAAAGCUAUGUGGAAUGGGGGCUGGAGCAAGGAAGUGGAAGUGAGAACGAAUGAAAAACCUGGCUGGAUGUAAUCUGUUGGCUGCUGAGCUCAAAGCUGGCUCAUGCACCCCUGAACUUGAGUGUUGCUGCAUGGGAGGGUUUUAUAAACUUCUCAAUCCCCAUGCUGUGUGGGAAACUUUAGGAGGAAUUGGGAUCUCCUUCCAUCUGUCCCCCCGCCCCACUUUUAAACUGAUGUUCAAUAUUUGAUGCUUCCUGCAGGACCACAAGCAUCCUUAAUCUUCCCAGAGAUGGUGUGGGAGGGGGAGUGUUUAUUAAUAUUACAGAGUCCACCAGAUGUUUAGACUGGAAUUUUUGGCCCCUCACAGACUUGAGCAGUGAGGUAUCUUCUUAGUAUGUGGCAUGUUCCCAGUAGUGCAGCUGUUUGCAGCUGUUGUAAUCCUGUCUGUGCUGAUAAUCACCUCGAUGUUUAGGUAGUCCUUUUGGUAUUGCCCCAGUGCUAUCACUACUUAAAAUCUUGAAGAGUGCCCUCAAGUCAUACCUAUUUAUGGCGCCCCCUGGCAGGGUUUUCAUAGCAAGGGACUAACAGAGGUGGUUUGCCAUUGCCUGCCUCUGCAACCCUGGUCUUUGUUGGAGGUCCCCCAUCCAAUUACUAACCAAGGCUGACUGCUUAGUUUCUGAGAUCUGAAAUCAGGCUUACCUGAUCCAGGGCUAUCCAGGUCAGGGCAUUUUAAAUCUUAUAUCUUGGUAUUUUGUUGUUUCAAUUUCUUUUCCCUCAAUUCAACUGUCACCUGGGAUUGCCACAUCAAUCAGUUUGACCUUUUUAUUUUCAACCACAGUAAUAUCUGGACUAUUAUAUUUUAACUUAUGUUUGCUUUGAAAUCCUGCAAGAUCUUAACUUUCUCAUUUUCAACAACUUUCUCAGGCUUUUGUUCCCAGUAUUUUGUUCCCACCAAUAUUUUGUUCUCACCAAUAUUUGGUAGGUUUUACUUUUUGCAUAAAUUCCUUAUUAUAGAGCUUUACUGCAGCUGCUGAUGAGAUGGUCAGCCGUAUCAUCUGUUACCCUAAUCUACACUUACUGUCAUUUGUGGUCUUUUCAUUUUCAUAAGUACGUUCUUAAUGCCUGUUUUUGUGCAGCUAAUAUAAGUCGUUCUGUUUCUUUUUCAAUAUCCCUUGCAUUAGUCUGUUGUUGCAAAUUAAUGUUAUUGUUUUGGGGAAGUUCAGUGCUUAUGCAGAACCCCUUAUCUUGUCUUCUGCUACAGAGUUUAAAAGGAUGUAAAUCAUAAAUGAACUUUCAGUUGAUUUU